CACGUGACAGCAGCUGACAGCUGAGAGGAGGAACGCUAACAUGGCGGUGUGCAUAGCAGUGAUCGCUAAAGAGGUAAUAAAUGCUUUUAUCCGUGGUCCAAUAUGGUGCUUAUUGAGUCCUUAUCAAUAUUAACAUACUUAUCUCUAACCCUUAAAUAGUUUACAAGUAAAUAUCAGCUUUCUGUGCUUGUCAGUUUAUACAACUGUCUAUUCAGGGCUAAUGUUUCAGCUAACAACAUUAGCAUUUUAAAGGGAAGAGGCUGUUUCCUUUUUUUCCUUUGAACUGUAUAAGCUGUAAAAACUCAGUUAAUGUGUGGCUGUCUCUUUUCACAGAACUAUCCGCUGUAUAUCCGAAGUGUCCCCACUCAAAACGAGUUGAAGUUUCAUUACACGGUGCACACCUCUCUGGAUGUGGUGGAGGAGAAGAUCUCAGCUGUGGGCAAGUCUUUGGGAGACCAGAGAGAGCUGUACCUGGGUCUGCUUUACCCCACUGAAGACUACAAAGUGUAUCCUUGACUUUCUGAAGGUGUAGGAGUAGAUAAACCUCCAAGACAAGCACUCAGGUGUUUCAGAUACACUCUUAAUUAGAUCAUUUCCACUUUUUUGAGGUUUAAAUUGUGAUCUAAGGGUUGGUUAUUACAGCAAGAUUGUUAGCACUUUCUUAUAAGAUCUGUGGAACAUAGCUGAAGUAACAGACUAGUGAAGCCAACAAUUUCUAACCUGGGUUUUAAGAUGGACAGUAAUUUUAAACUAGUUGUUAAGUCCAGCUUUUUCCACCUUAGGCAGCUGGCAAAUGUGAAGCCAUUUCUUGCACGAGCACUUUGAGACAGUAAUCCAUGCCUUCAUCACGUCUCGGCUGGAUUACUGUAACCCACUUUAUUAUGGAGACAGUCAGUCUUCAGUUGCACGUCCCCAGUUGGUCCAGAAUGCAGCUGCUCGUCCUUUAACUGGAAUGCGUAAGAAGAAGCACAUCACUUCCAUUCUGGCCUCCCUCCACUGGCUGCCCGUGCAUUUUUAGAGUUCAUUUUAAGAUUCUGUUAAUUGUUUUUAAAACCUUAAAUGGUCUGGCCCCAUCAUACCUCUCUGAGCUGCUUCACCCCUACGCUCCUGCAGGUACCAAGGUCUAAGUAGAGGCUCAGAGGUGACAGAGCCUUUUCUGUUGCUGCUCCUACGUUGUGGAACAACCUACUUCUCCACAUUAGACAAGCUCCCUCACUGUGCAUUUUUAAAAUCCGUCUAAAAACCCUCUUUUAUUCUUUGGCUUUUGACCCAGCAUGAGACGGCAUUUGUUUUAUUUUUUUAUGCUCUUUUAUGGCUUUUUAAUAUAUUUUAAAACAACCAUUUAUUGUUUUAUGUUUUUAUGUUAUGUACAGCACUUUGUGUCAGCUUUUGUAUUUUAAAGUGCUCUAUAGAGAAGUUGAGUUGAGUAGUGCUUGGCGCUGAAAUCCCUGUGAUUUACAAAGGAUAUCCAAUUAUCGUUGCAGGAUUGCAGGAUGAACUUUGUCAGUGAAAUAGUUUCACAUCUGUAAAAAUGUUCUUGACAGGAAAACACAUUUUGCUACACAACGAAGACUCAGUAUUUUGUUGCUUAUCAGUAUCCUUAACUGUUUAAACUAGAUACGGGUACGUUACCAACUCCAAGGUGAAGUUUGUCAUCGUUGUUGACUCGUCAAAUACAUCAUUACGGGACAAUGAAAUUAGAAGUGUAAGUUGAUUGUUUUUGGUGGAUUUAUCCAAAUAAAAGCUUCAAUUUAUUUAUUUUUUUAAUUUGGAAAAUGUCAUCCUUCUGUGGUACAGUGUUGAUCUUGUAAAGUAUUCUGUUUUGACUGACAUAUACUAAGUCGCCUUUGCAUAGCUGCAAGACUGGACAUUUUUUAAGCAUUUAUCAGUAUACCACCAUAGACAACUUUUGGAUCUGGACACCAAUGCUUGAGCUUACAUGUUGCACAAAGAUUCAUCAAAAAACCUGGCUCAAGUAAUAUGUACACAUUAGGAGUUGGAGUUUGCUGGAUAAUAUUUGCAUUUACCUUUUCAAUAACUUUGUUUUUUUUCCCUCAUUGCAGAUGUUCAGAAAAUUACACAACUCUUUCACAGAUGUAAUGUGCAACCCAUUCCACAAUCCUGGAGACACUAUUCAGUCUAAGUCAGUUCAACUUGUCAUUCAAAAAUACUGAUCAUUGAUGUUGUGCUGUGGUGGUGAUUUUUAAUAAUUUCUGACUCAUUAUUUUGCAGGGCCUUUGAUGGCAUUGUAUCUGGAAUGAUGGUGCAAACAGGUUGACGUCUCUUCCUUCCUCUGAACCUUCACUGUACAGAUAAUUCUUAUAUCACUUUUGUUUACAUGUUGCCUUGAUUUUUGAAAUUAUUGUGAAAUUAAACUUCAUUGUUGCGCAUCACCUUGUGUGUCAUUUUAACGGAUCAUUGUUUUAUUUAAUCAUUCACUUACAUAGCAAAGAACUUAAGUUAUACAUAGGGGGGGAUUCACAUUUAUAUUGCAGGCAGAAACACAGAUUCGCAUCAAUUUGUAAAAACAGUAAGAGACAUAAACUGCUGAACAAUUUGAAGACUAUCCCAUGCACUCACAGAAGCUUCUAAUGCAACACCUCAGACUCCAGACUUCAGACUUCUUUUUCACAUCUCAUGUACUUUGAACGACUGAUGCAGGGAUGCAGUUUAAAAAGUCAAAUCAUUGAUCCUCUCCACCUUUCGCACAUGAUGCCUAAUUCAAUAAUGCCUGGAAACACUCCUUUAAAAUCAGUUCUUUUCACCCAUCCUUGUAUGUUCACUGUGGGUGGUGCUAGCGCUGGUGAGGGUAGUGCUGCCCGCUUGACCCGGCCCCCAACUCCUCCGAUGGUGGGGUGAUGAGAAGAAGACAAGGAUAACGUUUAGGCACCUGUUCAUGGUAGUCCAUGUGACCCCACUGUCUCUUCCCCACUGUGGGGCCUCCAUAGUAAGGGUGGGGUGUUUGGUGUUGCGGCCUGGUUGACUGGUACCUGAACCUUCCGCGGGAGCUGCUCUGGUAUCGUGGUGGACGGUAACCACCUCUGCCUCUUCCGCCUCUGGAAUGUCCUCCUCUGUGUCCCCCUCUGUCAGUGGUACUGAUGCCUGGCAUGUUGGUCCUCUUUGGCAACACCU